UAGAGACUCUCAAUCGAAAAUAAAUUGACUCGAACCUGAACCAGAUGCCCAUAUGGGCCACCCUUCCAAAGAGCCCGAGGCUGGUUGGAAAAUGAGACGAUGAAAUAUACAAAACACAUACACAAAAAAAAAGAAGGGACACGUGAGAGAGAAUAAAUAUUACAGCAUAGCCAGAAUAUGAAAACACAGAGAAUUCUCAUUUUUAAGGCAUCGCAUGUUUUGCCUGAUUUCUCAACUCCUCCCUUUUCACCCUGUAACUGCACUCUCUAUACUCCUCUGUUUCACUCUCUUUCUCUCUCUUGAUUUUUGAAUUUUAGUAUUUUCUCUUCAAUCCCCUUUUCAAAAAGCUAGCAAAUUUAUUGAAUUUACCCAGAAAAAAAUCCCAUUUCUUGCAAAUUCUUGAUCACAUUUCUUGUAUCUGUAUUACCCAUUAAUGCAGAAUUGUUUGGGUUUUGAUUAAUUUCUGAAUUCUUGAAAUUCUUAUUGUAAAACCUCUGAAUUUUCGAAUAGAAAAGAAGAGGGGUUUAAUUAUUUGGGGUUAAUUUUUUGAGAAAUGCUUGAUUGGCUUUGUUUUGGGUGGAGGAAGAGGAGGAAUUACCAGGAAUUUAAUGGGGAGAAUUUAAAAUCUUUUAAAGACCCUGCUGUCCCUGAUCGUAAUUUGGAAGCCAAUAAACAAGAGCAGAAAGCCGAGGCAGAUUCCAAAGAGCAGUCUCUUGCUACAAAUGAUAUAGGAAAUGGUCGAAAUAAAGCUAGAGUGUUCAACUAUCAAGACCUUGCUACAGCAACAAGAAAUUUUCACCGAGAAACUUUCCUUGGGGAAGGUGGAUUUGGGUCUGUUUACAAGGGAAUACUUGAGAGCAACAGUGAGGUUAUUGCUGUAAAAAAACUCAAUCCAUCUGGUCUUCAAGGUGAAAAGGAGUUUUUAGUGGAGAUUCUCAUGCUUUCUCUUCUGCGCCACCCAAAUCUUGUAAAUAUGAUUGGUUAUUGUGCUGAGGGCACUCAGCGUCUCCUUGUCCUUGAAUUUAUGCCCAUGGGAUCCCUUGAAGCUCAUCUUCACGAUCUUCCACCUGACAAGGAGCCACUGGACUGGAAGACGAGAAUGAAAAUUGCAGCUGGUGCAGCUAAAGGAGUGGACUAUCUGCAUAAUGAAGCAAAACCAUCUGUUAUUUUUAGAGACUUAAAACCAUCUAAUAUUUUGCUGGAUAAUGAUUUCAAUCCAAAACUCUCUGAUUUUGGGCUUGCAAAAUUUGGUCCAGUUGGAGAUAAUUCUCAUGUCUCCACUAGAGUCAUGGGUACUCAUGGGUAUUGUGCUCCGGAGUAUUUUUUAACUGGUAAAUUAACACCACAGUCGGAUACAUUCAGUUUCGGGGUGGUCUUGUUGGAGCUUAUCAGUGGACGUAAAGCAGUUGAACCAACUCGUCAAGGUGGCAGAACUUCUCUUGUUGAUUGGGCACGUCCCCUAUUGAAAAAUCCCAAAAACUAUUUGCAGUUAGCAGAUCACCGGCUGAAAGGGCAAUUCUCUGUGUCUUCGCUGCACAAGGCUGUAGAGGUUGCAGCCAUGUGCCUGAGAGAGACAUCAACUGCUCGGCCUACCAUGCAUGAAGUUGCUCUUGCCAUGAGCUAUCUGACAACUAGGAAGCAUGUUCGUACUCGCAGUGAAUCUGAAGGAGUUUCUAUAGACAUUGGGCCUAGCCCUGGUGAAACAGCUAAAACAUUGAACCCCGAUGUAAAUAGAGAGCAGGCUGUAGCAGAGGCCAAAUUGUGGGGAGAGAAAUGGAGAGAGAAGAGACGACAAAGUACAGGUGGUGGCUCUGAUGGUGUAAGCAGUUGGGUUGCACAAAUGCACUAGGAAUCGUAGAAGUGGCUCAAGUUUGCAGGACGUGGUUGGAGAUAUUGUUUCUAGAGAUAUAGUUCAUCGUGAAUUUGCAAUACAGCGAUAACCAUGGCUAGAGUUGGCAUGGGUUUAUUAGCAAGUUGGCAUAUUGUUUUGAAGGGAAUUAGGGUGUUAGGAAUAGAAAAUGAUAAACUAGUUUAGCUCAGUUUUAUUAAAAAAAAAUACAUUGAAGGAAACUAGGAUUUAGGAUAGAAUAGCAAAUUCCAUGCCAUUGUCAACUGCAAUGCUUACUGAUGGAUUAUAAUUUUGUUAUAAUUUCUGUCCUUGUUGUGCACCGUGCAGGAAACUAUUGAAUGACCAUAUAUACUUCGUAUGAAACUUGAUAAAAUAACGAUAAUUUUGAUAUUU